AUGAACUCUCCUGGAAUCAAAGAUGAUGGCGAGGGACCAUCACCAAAGCUAUGCCAGGCCUUGGAAAAAUUGGUCCAACCACUUGCUAUCUCUCCGCCGGGACCGUUGGGAUACAGAAAGCUGGAAUCACCUGUAGAAGGGAGAGGAGUUUCAGAGGAUCCCCGGAAGGGGUGUGCUUCCUUGAUCAAGGAAUUCAGUGAUGGAGAGGCUUUGAAUCCAGUCUUGAUUUCCAGCAACACUGGCCCCCUCAGGAACUCCCUCCCCUUUUUUCCUCCACCCAUAUGGAGUCCAGAUGACAAUCUUGGUCAAGACCUGUUUCAUGCAGAAGUGAUCAGUGGGGAAAAUCUUAUAUCCUACCCUUCCAUACAAAAGGCCACACUUGCUGUUAUCCUAUCAGCCCUGCAAGUGGCAAUCUCUUAUAAAUUGCCUACUCAUAACAUGGAUGUGGUGGCUGAAUGA